AUUAGCUCAGAUCGUGGAGCUGAACCAUCCUUCCCUGAACCAGCUUCCUCCCCUGAUCACUCCGCAGGAGACAAACUCUCUGGCAGGAGCUCAAGCAUCAUCCGUGAAGGCAGACGCGCUCAGUGCGGACGGAUCACGCAGCGCCGUUUCAGACUGACGCUCCUUGGCGGCGCAGUGAGCGGGUCUCGCUCUCCUCCAGCAGAGCAGCGCCUGGCGUUGCAUGACAUGAGCGCUUAGCGCGCAGCAGCUCAGGCUGCACAGCAGCGGGGAUGCGGGAGGCGGAGAGCCAGAGACCAGCGGCCGGACCUGCGCUCAGCACCACCGGCUCUCACCAGCGCAGCGGCAGGAAAGCAGCUCCAUGCUGAUCGUUCCUGGACUGAUCUAAGAAGAUACCCAGGACAUCAUGGGCCCUUCAGAUCCAGCUAACAGCACGAAUGACAUCACCCAUGGAGGUGGCGAAGACCACAGCCUGGGCAACGACAGCAUGGAUCCUCAUAAGCCUGUCUUUGUGGAUGACAUCACCAAGCACCUGAGCGUCCAGAUUGCCCUCAUAACAGCGUAUUCCCUUAUAAUCCUAUUGGGCCUGGUCGGUAAUGCAUUAGUGAUUUACAUGGUGUUUCUAUACAGAAACAUGCGCACAGUUACCAACUACUUCAUCGCCAACCUUGCCUUGGCCGACCUGAUGGUGGACACCAUGUGCUUGCCCUUCACGUUGGCAUACACCUUGCUGGACGAGUGGAAGUUCGGGGCGGUGAUGUGUCACAUGGUGCCUUACGCCCAAGCUUUAAGUGUCCAUGUCUCUGUCCUGACCCUUACGGUCAUCGCUCUGGAGCGGUACAGGUGCAUCGUGUUCCACCUGGGUCAACGCCUAACCAGAUGUGCCAGCUUCCUCAUCAUCGGCCUGACGUGGGCCUUCGCGGCCAUCCUGGCUGGACCUUUGGCUAUUUUCCGGGAGUACCGCUAUGAGGAGAUCCCCUACAUUAACCUGCGGAUUGCUGUGUGCUCUGAAAAAUGGCCCCAUGGCACGAACCGGGAUGCCAUCAUCUACAGCCUGUCUAUGCUUCUUCUACAGUAUGUCUUUCCACUGGGCAUUAUAAGCUACGCCUAUGUGUGCAUCUGGGUCAAGCUGAAGAACCAUGUGAGCCCAUCCAACCGCAACGACAACAUCAACCGUCGCAAGAAGACCACCAAGAUGCUGGCCCUGGUGGUUGUGGUCUUCGCCGUGUGCUGGCUUCCCUUCCACGUGUUCCAGCUGGCCAGCGACCUUGACCUGAUCCUCAAGUUUAAAGAAUACAAGCUUCUGUACACGUUGUUUCACAUCGUGGCCAUGUGUUCGACCUUCACCAACCCUCUGCUCUACGGCUGGAUGAACAAGAACUACAGGAACGGCUUCCUGAUGUUCUUCCGCUGCGAGCACAAACCUGACACCAUCCACCCCGAGGGCUCCUUCCGAACUCGAUCACUGAGAGGAUUGAUUGCGAACGGCCAGAACGACGGGCAACCAGUGACCGCUGUCUGACGGCUUACGAGCCCAGAAGGACUCCCAAAAAGCCCAAACUUGCUGUGAACGUCACAAUCGUGAUUACCUUCGCUUUUUGUAUUCAGAUGUAUUCAACGGUGUAGAGACUUUGCAUGUGUUUUGCUGUGCGUAAGGUCCUUAAUUUUGCAGACGGCAGUUUGUAAUCAGUGUUCGUCAGUUUUACCUGUGUUUUUUGCAUAUUUAUGAUGAAAUGGAAGUGCUGAGAUGACAUGAAACAAUGCAGAAGUUUCAUUAUGCUGUUAAAUAACUCGUGUUGUGAUUUCUAAGGCAGUAAAUUGAAAUUUACAUGAGAAAGAUAAGUGAUUCAAAUCGCUCUCUUAAGAGAUGAGACCUGAUCAAUGGCUUAAUCAACCAAAUCCCACUGGAGCACCAGGCCAUUUGUGGGUGGGAAGGCGUCUGAAUGACGACAGAGAUGCCAAAGUGUUUCGUUUGACCUUUCUUUGCAUCUACAACAACAACAACAACAACAACACAGUGCAACCCAAAAUCAGUGUAUUAUUCAUUGCCACUGCUUCACUGAAUUAGUUGUUGAUGUUGCAUUGCAGGCAGAGAGAAAGUGUGUCAUCUUCUCGCCUUUCAGUGACAGAGAAACAUCCCUGCAAGUCAUAGUAUGAACAAUACGAAUGUCCUGGUUAGUACAGUGACAUGAGGGAUAAUGAAUAAUGCAAACUAAUGAAAGGAGAAUGAUCACCAGCCCAAACUUUUGCAUCAUUUUAAUUCGAUUCUUGUUCAGUUUUUUGUGUAUGAAACCAAAUAGUUGACCACAACCCUGCUGAAAAGACCAGCACAGACAAGCGUGAAUACCAUGCUGGUCUAAGCUAGUUUAUACUGGUUUAGUCCUGGUCUAGUGGUGAUUUAGCUCAAUCCUGGUCCUGGAGAUCUACCACCCUGCAGAGUUUAGCUCCCACCCAAUCUAACAUACCUGAUCCAGGCAAUCAAGGCCUUCAGGGGCAUCUGGAUAUCAGAGCCAGGUGUGUUGGAUCUGAAGAUCUCCAGGACCAGGACUGAGCACCCCUGGUUUAGCUGGUCACCCAGUAUGGUCAUUGGUAUGGUCAUCAUACCAGCAUUCAAAACACAACAUAUGCUGGUUUUGCUUGUGAUCAGCUUCUUAACUCUCAUUGCUGCUGACCAGCAUCCAAAGCCCAAUAUAUGUUGUUUUUGUUGCUGACUAGCCAUGCGGGUGUGUGCUGUUAUCUCUAGCAGGGAAGUACCUCUUUUCCAAUCACUUCUGAUUUACUUAUAAUUGUUAUAUAAUCAAGGAAACUGGUAGCAAUGCUUUAUAUAAAAGAAUACACGCUGUUGCUGCUGCUGUUGCUAAGCCUACAGCGUGAACUGCUGCAGCACAUGUGCGCUGAGUUCAGUCCUAGCCGUACCCUAAUUAAAAGACAUUCAUUACCUUCAACUUAAUUUACAUGACCGCUAAUAACAAACCACCACGAAGCUGCCGGAGUUGUGUACUGUUGUUUUCAGCGUCAGUUGCGUGACAAGCCUGCCCCCUAGUGGCACCAGCGAGAAUUUGACUCUAAAAUAAACCAGACGCUGUGAUUUACGUUCGGUUAUAUUCUUAUGUCGAAGUCUCUUAUUGCUCGUCUGAAACCAGCGUUUCUGAAGAAAAGUGUUUUUGAAAAGUGACUUUUUGCCACCGACGUGGCAUUUUUACCUUUUUCCAAACGCUGUGUGUCCCACUGCGUCAUGACGUCAGGUUAUUGCCUACUGCUGUCGUCAUCCAC